CCAACUUGUAUAAAUUCACAAAAUAUUGGUUUAAUUGGACCGAGAGAAGAAUCACACUGAAACCCUUUAAAUGAAUAUCAAGAAAAAUCCUUGCAGCAAUAGUAAUGAAUGAUUUGUCCUAAAGGCAACUUAUACAAGCAAGUGCAAAAGAUCUUUGUGUGAAACGACUUGUGAUUUGAAUCCAUUUCACACAGUCAAAUGAGAACAUUAUUUGGAUGACUUGCACCUCCUCCUGCCUCCCUCUCAAGAAGAGGAGGGGUUGAAGGGCAGGGAUCAGCUCCUGCAGACUCAAGCUGAGCACCGUGAGGCUCAGCAGUCAGAACCGAGGACAAGUGGUCCGCAGAACCAUGACCGGACCAUGACUGCUGGAACCACAGGCCUUUGAUUUUGGACUCUUCUCCCAUCCUGAGCGUCUCUGGGGAACUUUUUCUUCAUCAAGGACUUGAAGAGGUCCUGCCUCUGCUUCGGCUUUAGAGUCACUACAGAGGAUCUGUGUCUCUUGUAACGAAAACAACCAAGCCCCAAGAUGAAGGCGCGUCUCCUCUGCUUGCAGCUCCUCCUCUUGGUGACUCACAUGCUUGUGGUCAGCGGACAACUCGAACCACAGAGGCAGCCCCCCCAGGCCCCUCUCAUCGCCACCCAGAGACCUGGGCUCGUGGAGAGGGAGGUUCUGGGUUCAAUGAGACCCAACUUCACCGUGCCUCGACGCCACUUUCCACCCGCGUGCCUGGGGCCCACCGAGAUCCGAGACACGUUCAAGUACAUCAAUUCGGUGGUGUCCUGCAUGGUGUUUGUCGUGGGCAUCAUAGGCAACUCUGCUCUCCUGAGGAUCAUCUAUAAGAAUAAGUGCAUGAGGAACGGGCCUAACAUACUUAUCGGCAGCCUGGCCCUGGGAGACCUGCUGCAUAUCAUCAUCGGCAUUCCCAUUAAUGUUUACAAGCUCCUGGCCGAAGACUGGCCGUUUGGGGUGGUUCUGUGCAAGCUGCUGCCGUUUGUCCAGAAAGCCUCAGUGGGGAUUACCGUGUUGAGUCUGUGUGCUUUGAGUAUAGACAGGUAUCGUGCAGUGGCCUCGUGGAGCCGGAUCAAAGGAAUAGGACUUCCAAAAUGGAUGGCUAUCGAGAUAGCACUCAUCUGGAUUAUAUCCAUUGUCCUCGCUGUGCCAGAAGCAAUAGCCUUUGACAUGAUCACCAUGGACUACAAAGGAGAAUACUUGAGAAUCUGCCUGCUGAACCCCAUGCAAACAACAAACUUUAUGAGGUUUUAUAAGUCUGCUAAAGACUGGUGGCUGUUUGGCGCAUAUUUCUGUUUGCCGCUGGCCUGCACGGCCAUUUUCUACACCAUGAUGACCUGCGAGAUGCUUAGGAAGAAGAACGGUGUGCAGAUUGCUCUCAGUGACCACCUUAAACAGCGGAGGGAGGUGGCUAAGACAGUGUUCUGUCUGGUUCUGGUCUUUGCUCUGUGCUGGCUGCCUCUCCACGUCAGCCGGAUCCUGAAGCUUACCAUUUAUGAUCCAAAAGAUCCAAACCGCUGCGAGCUGCUCAGUUUCUUUUUGGUGCUGGACUACAUUGGUAUCAAUAUGGCCUCCAUCAACUCCUGCAUCAACCCCAUCGCCCUCUACUUGGUCAGCAAGCGCUUCAAGAGCUGCUUCAGAUCCUGCCUGUGCUGCUGGUGUCUUCCUGCAGAGAUGUUAUUGGAUGAAAGGCAGUCGUGUAUGAAACUUAAAGCCACAGAUCAAGCUUCUGAGCAAAGUAACUCCCGGACCACCAACAAGUCCAUCACAGCCUGAGCAGAGGCGGCAGCUGGCCUCUAACAGAUGCUCCAUUCUGCAGUGGUAAGAAAAAUGUUUUGACACUGUUUCAUUUUCAAGCAUCACCGCUCCUAGAAACACAUGUUUCACAGCCUCACUUGAACAUCUAGGUUCCUGUUGCAGCUCUUCUUUUAUGUUUUUAUUAUAGUUUGUCUUUUGUUUAGCUGUGGCACCAUGUCACAUCAAAGAUAUAAAAAUGAAUGAGGACAUUUAUUAAAUGAAGAUAUUUGACCCACAUCUUGACUAUUUUAGUGAGAAAUUUUGUUUAAGUCGAGGCAACAAUAAAGUUGGGCGAAUAUUUUGAAGCCUUUGCCUUUUUGUUAAGUAUUUUUUGAUAUAAAGUAAAGGUCUGUAUUAAACAUUUUGUGUGUUUUUGCAUAUUUGUCACAUAAUUACUUUUAUUGUAUGCUACAUGUAUCUUCUCACUUGCUCCUGAACUACUGAUGUGUGAUUGUCAGAUAUUGUAUUUUUCUGUUCAGUUGUGAGUAAUGGCUUCUAUUGUAAAAUAAGUGUUUGCUUUAAUUUUUUUAUCUGACUCAUACUGGUUUGCUAUCGUUUUUCAACAAAAAGAUCAAAUUAAAAUACAUAUAUAAUACAAAGAAAAAGUGAAA